AUGCCUGCAGCUCGGAACAACAGCGUCACACAGGGCGGCGAGGUGGAAGUCCAGCGCCCACAGCCUUCACCAGCACCGACUGGCUCGUCGACGUCGGUCAAUUCCACUCAGAAUGGCGAGACUACACAGCAACCUCCAUCAAUACCACACGACCAACCUGUAACAAACGGCGAGGUUCGACCCGGCGUGCCACCUAAGAAACCUACCUUCACCUCUCGGCUUAGUCGGAUGUUUUCGCAAAAGGACAGUAACGCUGCGUCUCGUGACUCUUCGCAAGCACCCGAGAAAGGCUUGGAAACAGCCGUGGAAGAAGAGGAAGACAGCUCGAGACCACCCAGACCACAAGUGCCCUCGCGACAAUCGUCGAAAACAGAAGCCAUGCCAGCAGGCAUGGUGCGCAAUGGCUCCGUCAGGAAAGACAAGCGAGACGAGUCGCAACCAGUCGCGCCAAAGCGUUUCACCGUCGACGACAAUGGCGAUCACCACCACUUCCUCAAGGGCACGAAGAGGCAGGACAAGCUGUCAGACAUGCUUCGAGACUUCCUCGGAGGCAAGAAGAAGGAACAUCACGACGAACAACAGCUUUCGCUCAUGUCGACCUGGAUGGACCAGAUGAAGAACGAGAAGGACAGAAUGGCACGUGACAAGACGGGAGGGCCGAAUGCUACAGCGUCGCUGGUGCAGAAAUACGGAAAGUGCCAGGAGAUAGUAGGUCGUGGUGCUUUCGGUAUUGUGCGCAUAGCCCACAAGCCAGAUCCCAAGGACUCGAAACACGAACAACUCUACGCCGUGAAAGAGUUUCGACGAAGACCACAGGAGGAUAUCAAGAAGUAUAGCAAGCGCUUGAACUCGGAGUUCUGCAUUUCGUCGUCGUUACGGCAUCCGAAUGUUAUCCACACGCUCGAUCUGCUGGAGGACGCAAAGGGAGACUUCUGCGAGGUCAUGGAGUACUGUGCUGGGGGUGAUCUGUACUCGCUUGUCCUGGCGAACGGCAAGCUGGAGGUCGCAGAAGCAGACUGCUACUUCUUACAGUUGAUGCGUGGUGUUGAGUACAUCCACGAGAUGGGCGUGGCGCAUCGCGAUCUGAAGCCGGAGAACCUGCUUCUCACCACACACGGCGCGCUCAAGAUCACCGAUUUCGGCAACGGCGAGUGCUUCCGCAUGGCGUGGGAAAAGGAAGCACACAUGACGGCUGGACUCUGCGGCAGCGCACCGUACAUUGCACCUGAAGAGUACACAGACCGCGAGUUCGAUCCGCGCGCUGUCGACGUAUGGGCCUGCGGUGUCAUCUAUAUGGCCAUGCGAACUGGCCGACAUCUGUGGCGUGUUGCGAAGAAGGACGAGGAUGAGUUCUUCGACAACUACAUCCGGGGCCGGAAGAGCGAGGAGGGUUAUGCGCCCAUCGAGACACUUCACAGGGCCCGCUGCAGGAACGUCAUCUACAGCAUCCUCGACCCCAACCCAAGCCGCAGAAUCAGCGCGCACCAAGUCCUCAACUCCGAAUGGGGCAAGGGCAUCAAGCUGUGCAAAGCCGGCGAGGAAGGGCUGUGA